AUGCCUAUUAGCUACUCAGAGUCGUCAUCUGAAGCACCAGAAGAGGAUUUGGGAUGGGCUUAUGCGGAUGCGGAUUGGGGAAUCCGUGAGAAAUGUUUUUGUGGACGUCUCAUGAAGAUUGAAACUGCGAGUGGUUUAGCUUCAGGGAAUGGUGGCCGCAAGUACUACAAGUGCCCUGUUUGGGUUAAAGAGGGGAGGGGAGAGCACAUCUGCAAAUGGUGGGACGAGGGGGUUACCGAAGAGAUUGGAAUCCUGCAGGGAAAGGUCGCAGACCAAAAGGAGAGGUUGGCUACGCUUGACAGACAAGUUGCCUUCGAUCCGCGGAUUAGAGAAUUGAGGGAUGAGGUUGCACUGCUUAAGGAUGAAAUCGUGAUGCUGUUGGACGAAAUUGCCAUGAUGAAGGAGGAAAAUGCGAUGAUGAAGGAGGAAAUUGCAAAAGCAGGUGAUGGGGCUUUGACGCUGUGUGUACUUGCUGUUUUUGCUGCCAUUUCUUAUCUAUUUAAGUAG